UUGCUCAACACUAGCGAUUUAUUUAGAUCGAUGGAUUUUGGUGGUGUGUGAUUUUUUCAUAUUUUCUCAAUUUUGCAAGAUUGUGAAAAGCGUUCGUUCAACUCAACGUCUAAUUGAUUCUAAACAAACAGUUACUGAUACACUACUAUAAAAUGGGAAAUGAAAAUUCAAUUCCGAUGGAGCUGUGCUCAAAUUUCGAUGCGGACGAGAUCCGGAGGCUGGGAAAGAGGUUCCGCAAGCUCGAUCUGGACAAUUCUGGGGCGCUCUCCAUCGACGAGUUCAUGUCUCUGCCUGAACUACAACAGAAUCCGCUUGUGCAACGUGUCAUCGAUAUAUUCGAUGCGGAUGGCAACGGCGAGGUUGACUUCAAAGAGUUCAUCCAGGGCGUGUCUCAGUUCAGCGUGAAGGGGGACAAGUUGUCCAAGCUGCGGUUCGCGUUCCGCAUAUACGACAUGGACAAUGACGGCUACAUCUCCAAUGGGGAGCUCUUCCAGGUAUUAAAAAUGAUGGUGGGCAACAAUCUGAAGGACACGCAGCUCCAGCAGAUCGUCGACAAGACGAUCCUGUUCGCAGACAAGGAUGAAGACGGCAAAAUCUCGUUCGAGGAGUUCUGUAACGUGGUGGGCAACACCGAUAUACACAAGAAAAUGGUGGUGGACGUCUAAUCCUCCCCCCCCUCCCCCUCCUCUUCCUCCUCCUUCGUGCGAUUUCUCGCUCUAGCUAGAACACUAUUCAAUUGCGCAUCUGAAGAUUCGCGGCGUACGACACUCGCUAAUAUUAUUGACUACUUAAUAUCGCGAACGUUUGCCAUUUAUAUUUACCGAGUUAAAUUUUUGUGUAUUAGUUCUGUUUUUAAUGCAUUUCUCGGUCCACCGUGAGAUGUUACGUCGAUGUAGAUUAUGUUGGGUUCAAGACGGCAGGUGCCAUACUUAAUGUUCGUAUGUAUAUAAUAUAAUAUAGAUAAUAUAGGGUUACCGGUUAACGGUGAGAGCGCCGGCCUUCGGGGGUCGGCCCCGAUACACAGACACUCGUCAUUGUUGCGUAUUCAUUGAACCAAAGUUCACAGAAAAUGUACGUUAGGUCGCCGAUUCAUAAUAAAAACUCAUUGUUUACACAUAUAACAUAGACAUCAAAGCUAAGAUAUACUCGAAUUAAACAUUAAGUGAAAGAAACUUAAAUUAUAGUAAUUAUUUUUUUUCAAUGUCUCAUAGUUUACAGUCAAAAUGAAUGUCAGAAUAGUAGUGAGCUAUUUGACGUAAAUGAAUAAACACGAACUCGUUUUUAGUUUAACGUCAGUGUGAACUAUGUAGUUCAAUGAACCCGCGACCGCCAGUGCGUACGUCGCGACUCGACAGGGACGCCUCUCUAUCGUAAUUCAUUUACAUUUUAUCUCUUUAAGAUUUACAUAUGUUUACAAAUUAUUAAUUAUUAUAUACAGACAUAGAUUUUAGAGAAAGUUUUAUCGUAGUCAAAUCAUAUUAGAGUUUUUUUUUUAUUAUUAUUUUGUUGUGGUAAUUUAAGUUGAUAUUGUUAUUUAGUGUUUUAUUUAUACACAUAGUCGGUGGUCGGGAUCGAGUACCAGUCGGUCACGUGACCGGUAAAGUUCGCGUCGCGGGCGCGGGUCAUAUCAGGUAGCGGCACAGUAGCUGUAGCGUGCACCGUAGCGGCACCCGUAGCGCCACCCGUAGCGCUCUCGUAGCGGCUCUCGUAGCCUCGCGUCCGAGCGGCUCUGUAUCUUUACAAAUCUCUCGUUGCCUUACCUGUAUUUUAUACAAUAAUGACAUAUAUGCGAGAUCCUGAGUGUAGCGUUCAGCAUCUCGAUGUGAGUGUGAGAAUGGAGACGGUUUACCCCGUGAUUUUACUAUUAUCAAACGAUUUCUUCGUUCCUGUUUCCUCCCUCCCUCACCCCCCCGCUGUCCUGAUGCAGGUGACGUCAUCGCUCAAGUGACCGCGCCGCAGCUUCGCGGCCCGUCACGUGUCACUCCAUCGAUUACCACAGCGCUAGUUCCCUCCUAGACAAACUUCAUGAUUGUACAAAUGAUUAUAUAUAAUUAUAUAACGAUUUAUGUGUUAUUUCAUAUAUUAUUAUCAUUACUUUAUUAAAAGAGAAUUUAAGCAUUGAGUGAAUUUAAAGACGACUUCAUACCGUUAGCGUUAAAGAUCUGUGUUUCGCGUCAUUCAUAUACAGAACAGUUAGUUUGUGAGAGUUGAUAUAUUCUGAUGAAUUAUACUGCGACCGAAGGGUAUCGAUAGUUGGAAAUCGCUCUCGUGUGUAGUGCAUUCGAUUGACUUAUACGAUGUAGAACCGACAAGAUCCCUUCGCCUUCGCAGUAUAAAUGAAUCGUUUCAUCGAAGUCAGCGGUCGGUCGGCCUCCGUCGGCCGCGCGAGAAUCUUGGCAAUCUCUAGUCACGGCUGUUGUGCGAUAUAUUAUACUGAAUCAUAUUUACUCCUAGUGUAUGUACCGCGGCGUGAAUUCGCGCAACGAUCGCGUCGCAUUGUUGAUAGUUUUAUUCCCUCGGUUGAUUUAAUUAUGUAAGUUUCAAUCGUAGCAAUACACUGUUUUAAAAGCCUUAUCCGGGAAGGAAUAUCGGAGUACUUCCUGUAAAUUUUAUACUUAGCACAGUUUCAGUGUACCCCUUCGUUGGAUCAAAACGCUGCAAGAGCGACUGACGCACAUGUUACUUCUGUUGAGUGUGCUAUGUUGUGAAUGUUUAUCCGUACUGUAAUUAUGCUGUUGUAAUGCGUGUAAAGUCUAUUCACUGAUGAAUAAUGUAACUUACUGUAAAUGCGUCAGUAUUAUAAUGACAGCGCGAGCAUACAGUACCUUACAUAACUUGUUUUUUGAUACCUAUCGUCUAUAGGUCUGUUUACGUGAGACUACAUUGCAUCAUAGAGGCCAGCUAUGAUAGACGUCGCGGCAACACAUGUAAUGACAAAAUAUUAUAUUGAGUGUUGUGUAAUUCAUCCGUCUUAUUGAGAGUAAGUGAGGACCGCGUUUUACCUCAUGAGGCACUCGCGAGGUACUCCUCAUUUUAGGUGAGGUAGAGAUAAAGUAUGUAGCGAGGCUUAAGGCGAACGAGGGAGAGUUGGUCGUUGCAUUGCGCGCGCCACUACUCGCCGGCCGAGCCGAGUGGAACAUUUGUGAUUAAUAAUUGAUCGAUUAUUGAAAACGAUAUUUAAAUAAUUUUCAUCGAUAACAGAACAGAUGCUCAUGAAAUACGAUGACAUUGUAAUAAUAUAAUUUAUUGAACCACCAUUUAAAAACUAUUUUAAAUUAUACCCUAUUACAUUGAAAUAUUUUUUUGAUUUUAUUCACUUUGCCUCGGUUGAUGUGAAGAACCGAUUAAUUAAACCGAUAAAUUCAUGUAAAAUAACGUUCAAUAGGCACUAGUUGCGAGGAAAUACUAAACUAAACUGAGUCGUUCUAUCAAACUCAUAAAACCGACCCACUCCCUCGAUCAAUCGUUAAUUAUGUUAUAUAAACUCAGCCUUUCAUUCAAAGCAACUCGCUAUUCUGCUGAAUGAGGUGUGAUAACUGUAUCUAUAACUGUAUACCUCGUGGCCUCAAAAAAGAGGUAGUUCAAAGUUCAAAACUUGUACCUCCCUAAUAUUGUCGCGACGAGUAACAAACGAGGCACCUCACUUCAAUCGUAUAUUUUCCAUUUUAUUUUUAGAAUUUUACCAAUCGCAUUCGUAUUAUGGGAAGUGAUUUUAUACAGGUUGCUUUGGGCGCCAACGUAAACCUCGUGACGCAGGAAAUUGCAAUAGGAUUUAAAAGUUAUUAUUAUUUGAAUAAGUUUGUAACGUAGAUUAAUUUCUACACGGUGAUUUUGGCGAAUUAUACACGCUGUAUCAAAUACGAUACUUUAAGGCGCGAUUUACUAUAACAUGAUUUGGGUUAGUCCCGGUCCUAAAUCAUAGCGUGGUACAACUUUCAUUAGGUGCAAAAGUUAUGGACCAUUAUUAUUAGUUUUCAUUAUCAUAAAUUAUCUUUAAUUUAAUUUUAACUAUCGUCUUCGAAAAUUAUUUACGAACUUCAAGGAAGUUCGUUCGUAAUCUUGGUGUGGUAAUGCAAACAGACCUAUUAGAUUAUAUGUUGGCUCAUCUCCAUCAUUACUAGUUAGUUUCCUAAUUAAGUCUACUCUAAUGUGGAACUGAUAAGUUUUAUUAAAGAUUGAAAUUGC